AUGAAGAACCGUUUCAUGCUGGCGCCGCUUACCAAUACUCAAAGCCAUGAUGAUGGGCGCUUGUCCGACGAAGAGUUUCGCUGGCUUACCAUGCGGGCAGAAGGCGGCUUUGGCUUGACCAUGACCUGCGCAGCGCAUGUGCAGGCUGUGGGGCAGGGGUUCCCUGGCCAGCUCGGAAUUUUUUCCGACGAUCAUCUGGAGGGAUUGACGCGUUUAGCGACAGCAAUCAAAUCUCAGGACAGUAUUGCGGUGGUGCAGUUGCAUCAUGCGGGAAUGCGGUCUCCAGAAGAGCUCAUCGGCGAAAAGCCGCACUGCCCAUCAGACAAUGAAGAGUUUGGAGCGCGGGCUCUCUCGACCGCAGAAGUCGACCAGCUCAUCGAAGAUUUUAUCGCCGGCGCUGAGCGGGCAGAGAAGGCGGGCUUUGAUGGUGUCGAGCUCCAUGGAGCGCAUGGCUACAUCCUGUGCCAAUUUCUAAGCCCCGGCGUGAACCAACGGGACGACAAGUAUGGUGGAUCGCUCGAAAACCGGUCCCGUCCGCUAUUUGAUAUCAUUGAUGGCAUUCGUAAGCGGUGCGGGGCGGGUUUUCACCUCGGUGUUCGCCUGUCACCUGAGCGGUUCGAUCUGAAGUUGAGUGAGAUUGUUGAGGUGGCGCAACUUCUGAUGCACGAAGACAAAAUCGACUAUCUGGACAUGUCCCUAUGGAAUGUCUUCAAAGAACCGACCGAUGAGGAGUUCAAAGGCAAGAAGCUCAUGGACUAUUUCACGGAGUUGGACAGGGGCAAUGUGCGCCUAGGCGUUGCCGGGAAGAUCGCGCGCCCUGAAGAUGCUCAAGCCUGCCUGGACAAAGGGUGUGAUUUCGUUCUGCUCGGACGAGCGGCUAUUCUGACCCAUGAUUUCCCGAACAAGCUGUCGGCAGACGCAUCGUUCGAACCCGUGACAAUUCCGGUGACGGCGGCUUACCUCAAUGACCAAGGCCUCAGCGACAAGUUUGUCGACUAUAUGGGCCAGUGGCCGGGGUUUGUUGAGGGGUAG